AGGGCGGUCGUUACCAUCGUGUAACAAGUAUCAACUCUGUUUGAACGAAUUAAAGUGUCAAAUCGUGUUGCAAAUUAUGUAGUGUGGUGAUCUUUGGGAUUAUAGGCGCUAUUUCGAGGGAACAAGGCUGGAUUUUGAUUGGUUUUAAUGAAAAACCAUAUCAAAACAAUGUAAUUUGGACAUAAAUUACUCAUUACUAGUGUAAUUAGUAAAGACAAAAUGCACCGUGAAAAUUUGGUGCCGAGUGAGAAAGACAGUGCUAGUUCUGUGGUAGUGAGUGACAGUGAUGUUAUCAUGGAUUUGCCAGAGUUGGAGCCUCUAGAAGUAGGUUCGGCUCCCCCUCGCCCACUAAAACCCAUUCGGUACUGCAGCAACCUCGCUAGCAGAGGAUUCUUCAGAGGACCUCUUCGCAUCUGCAAACUGCUAGCAUUUCUCAUCUUGUUACCAAGCCUGUUCAUCUUUAUACCACUUUACAUGAGAUACCGAGUGUUCCAAGCUCAGAUGUACCCCAUGAGCAUGACUGAUAUGAGGCUGAUCGACAGCAAGAUCUCUCCCACUUGGUGCCAGCGACAAGUGGUAAAAUCCAACACCACCUUCAACGCCUUCGUGAUGCCCGGUCCUCCGGAAAUGUCCCAAGAGCUGGUCCCCGUCUCCAUGACGAGAGACUUGGAGUUAGAAGACGAUAUGAAAGAAUACUGGGGAUUCUAUCUCCUCAAAGGAUCAACUGUCACCGUGUCUGCUUGUGUCGACCACCCUGGAGCAUCCCUCAUUAUGAUCAAAGGCUACAAGCACUUAAAAGACUGCGCAUACAUCGGUGACGACUCCUCAGAAGAAGUAGACGAACUUCUAGAAGCAAACAAGCUAGGCCAACUAUCAGACACACUUCUAGCUGAGAAGAUACUGAAACUGCUUGAUAUUAAAAAUCUCCAACUGACAGGGACAAAUUUGCCUCAGAAGAUUAAAGAAAAUCUCCAGAUGUCUAAUUCGAAAUUGCCUGAAAAGGACCCAGAGCAAACGGAAACCAAAUUACUUGAGAAGAUUGCAGAGCUGCUGAAAGCCAACAAGUUGGGACAACUUACCAACGAGCAUUUGGCACACCAAUUACAGGAGUUGAAUAAUGGGGAAACUAAUGAUCCUGGAACUAUGAAGCGCCACAAAGCAGGCGUGAGUUUUCUGGACCGCGACCGACACACCAACAACGUGACGUCAUCCGAGUCUGUCCCCGCUGCCGACGUCACAGAUCACGAUCCGAAGGAGCUCCGUGAAAUCCUGGAAAGCCUGCACGCUCAACGACAAGCCGCAAAAACCGAAUCGUUCAAGCACUACCACCCGCCGGAUCACCUGCUGUCGCUGGAUACUGCCAAGCAACGGCAUCGAGACACCAACGUGGAUAAGGAGGAGAGACCAUUCCUGACAUUCAAAGAUCUCAAUGCAAAUACCAGCGACCAGAGCUCAAAUACUGCAACAGAAACGACGUCACCUGAAGUUGAUACUACAACAGAAAAAUCUACCACGCAAUCUUCAAUAAAUACCACGCCUACAAAAAAAGUUAUCAAAGUAACAACAGAAAAGGAUGCAGAACACAAACACAUAUUAACAGAAUCAAAUAAUGUGAUUACAACAAAUAAACCUUAUGUAAGAACAGAUAAUAAUAUUGAAGUGAAAAAGCAAAAAUAUUUGAAAGAUGAUGCAAACAUCGCCGUGGAACAUACAACUGAUAUUGAAGAGCCUGGUUCUCGGGAAGUGUUCGAGAGCAUUCUACACCAGCUGCAGAGUUUGGGUCCGAGAGGCACGCGGGUGCUGAAGCGGCUUCAUAAGACCAUGGGCGUGGACUAUUCACAGCAGAACCACGUGGGCAAUAUAAUGGCGUCUGUGAAAGGCAGCGAGGAGGAGCUGGACCGACUCCGGAAGGUGCUGGUGGAAGCCAUCGAUGAAGAGAAGACGAAACCGCAGAGGCGACAAAAGAGGCAUGAAGCAAGAGAAGCGGCCCGAGCGAAGCGAGACCUCGAGCUGGGACAGUUCGAGAUACAGAGAGACUUGAACGAGGACGACGAAGCGAGGAAUAAUGCUGCUGAGGAGGACGUCCAACCAGACGGCCACGCCGACGACCACAAGAUCAUCAACGAAACGACUCCCUUCGACAUGAGUAACUCCGAAUACUGGUCCUCCUUCUCCAGUUCCGAAGAAAGACUACUGCAAUGCGAUGGCUUGAUCCUUAACCUGCCGAUGACUCCUCAUAGGUCCUGCAUGAAGAAUGCUACUGAAGGACAGAGUGUCACAGCUGCUAAAGCAAACGCUCUUACAUACAGGGUCCCAGCUAACGGCUACUACUUCUUCGUAUUCAACUCGGAGAACGAGCGACAGAAAAACUUUAUCCGCGCCAAGUUCGACCUGCAGAAGACCAGGUACGAGGUGGCACAGACGGCACUGCGGGAAUGCCGGAAUAGCACCCAGCGGUGUGAUCUUCUGCUCGACAUCUUCUCCAGCCAGAAGGUGGUUCUAGAAGUACCUCUCCGCAACAACGACUCCCUCUGGAAUGAGCAGUUCGUGAUCGUGUCCGAGUGCGAACCCCGGACCUCCGUGUACCUGGCCUGCGUCAUCGCUGUUCCUCUGCUUUUCAUGAUAUUCGCCUUCCAAUAGGCGAAGAGCAAGGUUUCAGCUGGUUUAGUGUCACGCGACGCCGACCAACCGCGCGGAGUAAUCCGCACCAGACUAAUAAUACGCAUUCAUUUCAGGGAGCGUUUUAGCACAUCUCGGACACUAGCGAUCAAAUAUAUGAAAGAGGACCGUUCCUAGCACACAGUCUAAGCUCGUGUAGGUGAACGCGUACUAUGCUUGUAUGAGUGAAUUAUCACAGGUCGACUGUUCGCGUUUUUGACAGGCGGGAACUGUGAGGUAGAGAGGGGGUGGGAAGUGCACUUUCAACGAGGAGCAGGAGUGGCCAUACUGUACGAUAGUACUCUUUAUUAUACUGUGGUUUUAGUGUAAAUCUUAGAUCUUAGUGCCCAAGCGGUCGACAACAUCAACUUAUAUGUAAAAUUAAUCGUGCGGCUCGCUCCGCGUGACACUAAAACCAGCCUCAACGUAGAGACGGAUAUUAACCUGGAUCCUUAUUUGACUUGCUAAACUGACGUAUCGUGUGUCUUCCGUAUCUUCCGUUGAUGUGGGUGAAAUUAUGACUUAGGUAUCGAAUAGAUACGCACACGGCGUUAGUUAGGUAACAAGUGUGACAACCCACUCAAAAUCUUACAGUAUUUUUACAGAUUUUUGUUGUAAUUAAAUUUUAUACAUGCCUAAUAUCUUACGACCAAUAUUGGUGUAAUGUUCACAGUAUCUGUACGGUGCAUUCCAUAAGGUACAGUCGAAUCCAUUUACGUCUACACAGUUGUGCCAACAAAGAUGUCUAAAGGCACAUUUCUUUUAAGUAUGUUCAUAAUUUUAGAACCGUGUUCAGAUAUUGUAAAAUUAUUCACAUAAGCUAACUCGACUGUACUCGGGUACAUUAUUGUUAUUACUAUUAUAUUCUGCUCUUACCACGAGCUUUUACUUCAUUAUCACAUAAUUAUACUUUGACAUUGAUUAUUGUAACCAGUUGACCGGACACAAUCAAACGGAAACUAAUAUCUUCAUGUAUUUUUUAUGUAAUAAAUGUAUAUUACAGAAACCUAAACUUCACGCCUAUAUGAUAUGAUAAUUGUUUAUUUAUUAAUAAUUUCACGAAGGUUAUCCGUGGCGAUAAGAAAUUUGUGUCAAAAUCCAUGUUUUUGACACUCUUUAUUUAUUUAUCUGAAAUUGAUAACUAUUGUUUUUCUUAUUUGAUAAUCGUUUUUUAUAUUUCUAUUUCCUGUGUAUUUUAUUAUUGAGCAAAUUAAAUGGUGCUAUUAAAAUGUAGGUAUUAAAUAGUCGUUUCGAGAAUCAACUAGCUUGUUGAAAUAUAUUAUUCAUGUUUACAUAAAUAAUUGUUAUAUGCUUAAAAUUGUUGAUUAUUAAUAAAACACCUUAAAUACAACUUUUUGAGCUAUUAAAUGAAUGUUCAUUUUAUUAUUGUAUCUGCCUAAAUAUUUAUUUAUAGUUUAAAACUUUUAUCAUUCAUCUCAUUUAAGC